AAUUGGUUGACGAACAAAACGAUAAAGCGUCUCCUAUUUCUAUCAUUUAAUGUAAAACGUAAGGCGCACUUUGUUUUAUUAUUUAUGCAUUACGGUUUGCGGUUGGUAAAUACUCAUAGCGUAGCAUUAUGUCGCAUUCUCAGCAAAGUAAAAAGCUUGUCAAUUCGGUUGACAAAUGCGUCGACGAAUGUUUAGCAGGAUUAGUGACAGUGAACCCCGGACUGGGCCUUCUAUCCGGGCAUAGAGUCGUGGUGCGGACUGACAUCCAUGACGUCAUCAAAUCGGGGAAAGUGACGCUGUUGUCAGGAGGUGGAUCAGGACACGAACCAGCACAUGCAGGUUAUGUUGGUCGAGGUAUGCUGAGUGCUGCUGUAGCCGGCGCUGUGUUUACCUCUCCCCCGCCUCACAGUAUCCAGUCUGCUAUCCGAGCUAUUGGAAAAGAUAACCCAGCUGGUGUGUUGCUCAUUGUUAAAAACUACACUGGAGACAGGUUAAACUUCGGUCUGGCUGCAGAGAGGGCAAAAGCUGAGGGUAUCAAAGUUGACAUGGUGGUUGUAGGGGAGGACUGCGCACUCACCUCUACCGAUAAAACAGCAGGGAGGAGGGGGCUCUGUGGAACUGUUCUUAUUCACAAGAUUGCUGGAGGUCUGGCUGAACAAGGACUUUGUUUAGAAGACAUUGUGAAACAAGUGAAGGCUGCUUCACACAAAAUGGGUACAAUAGGACUGAGUCUGUCCCCCUGCAGUGUUCCGGGUAUGGGGCCAUCUUUCCAGCUCGGUGCUGACGAAAUUGAGCUUGGGCUUGGUAUUCAUGGAGAAGCUGGUGUAACGAGAUUGAAGCUAGUCAGUGCUAAGGAAGUGGUGCAGAUCAUGUUGGAUCACAUGUUAAACCCACAGAACAACACACACCUGUUGGUCAGGAAAGGUGACAGUGUGUGCUGUGUUGUGAAUAAUCUCGGAGGUACCUCCGUGCUGGAGCUCAACAUCAUUGCAAAUGAGGCAGUCAUGUACCUUGAGAACAGGGGUAUUCUGGUUGAUAGGUUGUACUGUGGCACCUUCAUGACAUCACUUGAAAUGGCUGGAAUCUCCAUCACUUUGCUCAUUCUGGAUGAAACUCUUAAGACUUGUUUAGAUGCCGACACAUCAGCCCCUGCCUGGCCACACCCACUUCUUCCCAGUGGUGUUAAGGACCGGAAGACUCCCAGUCAUAUGACGUGCAGUGAGCCAGCAUCUGGAGUUGUUUCAACAGAGAAAUCAUUUCAUACCAUUAGUAAAGAAGAGGCGAGCCAGUUGUAUGACAUCAUAUCCCAUGUUACCCAGUCUCUGAUAUCCUCCGAGUCCAGACUUAAUGAGUUGGAUACUGAAGCUGGUGACGGGGACUGUGGAACCACACUGGCCAGAGGAGCUCAUGCAAUACGGGAUCAGCUUGGCAGACAUAUAGUGUGUCCCUAUACCCUGGCAUUGGCACUAGCUGUAUUGGUGGAAACGGACAUGGGAGGCACAUCCGGUGCAUUGUACAGUUUAUUUUUAACUUCUGCUGCUGAGUGUUUGAAGACUUCUACUACACCUGAAGCUUGGAGUGAAGCACUGAAACAAGGGAUUCACGCAAUAAUGAAGUAUGGAGGAGCAGAACCAGGGGAUAGAACCAUGCUGGAUCCCCUGCAUGCAGCGAGUUCCGUACUGUCACAUGAACUCUCACAACAAACACCAGCAGUGGAGGCUUUUAGAAGAGCGGUCCAGGCUGCUGACAAGUCUGCCCAGGACACAGUGGCCAUGACAGCUCAUGCAGGUCGAGCGAGUUACGUAGGUAAAGAUCGUCUCACAAAACCCGACGCUGGCGCGAUCGCUGUGGUUACAUGGAUGAAGGCGAUCCUGGAAAAACUGACAUAAACAACAAUAACACUGGUGUUACACAGAAAAUAUAUAGAAAUGGACAUGUGCUAGAAAUCAUUAAUGGAGAAAGAAAUUGAUGAUUGAUAGUUCUGUGGAAAAAAAUCCAUCCUUUUUAUUGUUCCAGAAAUGUUAUGGUAAUGUCAAGGAUGAGGGUGUGGAUUCACUACCUUACAUAGUAAAUAAUAGGGCAUAAUUAUUCAUGCAAACCAUAGUGCCAUUCGCGUGUUGGUUAUGUAACUUUUAAUUUAUGCAAACUGCCAGUUGGUUAUGUAAUAAACUGAUACACAUUUUGAAAUUAAAACUACAAACUUUGGAACAUAACUAAUUUCAGUGCAAAUUUGAGGUCACUGAUUAAAGGUUAUCGAAAUGUAAGUCAGGCAACUGGACAAUUGGUUACCUGAACUGAGAUCUGGUUACGUAACAUUAUGGAAAUAUUUUUCUCUAAAAUAAGUACAUUCAUAUCUAAAUUAAUGGAGCAUUGACAGAUAAGAUGGAAAUUAAAUAUAGAUUAACAGAAGGUACAAAACAAAGAAGACGGCUAUAUAUAGCUAUAAAAAUGAGUUGUCUUCAUUAAAAGGAACUUUUUAUACUGAAUGUAUCAUCAGUGGUUUUUGUUAUAUAUUUCCUAUUAUUAUAGUAAAACAAACAGAAAUAAGUCUCACUUUUUAAUUUUUAUUAUUCUAUGUACUGUAAAAAUCACUUUAUAAUUUAUGUUUAGGGCAGAAAUUAUAUACUUUCAUGCUUACAUCUAUGUUACUUUAUAUAAAUGGGUAUUGGAUUUACAUAUAUGUUAUUUAGACAAAAAUGUACUUAAGAUUUGUUAAUGUUAUUAUUUUUAAUAAAACACUAUAUUAUU